AUGUCUUCGGCCAAGGAUUUCCUCGAGGCCGCCAUCAGGGACUCUCAGGCGAUCUUGCCCGUUGAGAACGCCGACGCUGUCACCGUCGCGACACCUACGCCUCGUCCUCAUGAGCGCAAGCUCGCCACCAUUCGCCGCAUCUCCUCCCUCGAGAGGCUUACCAAGAGAUUCGGCUUGGCCACAGUUGACGGCUGGAAAGUCUUGAUCCUCAACGAGGAGAACUUUUUGGUCGGCGAACUCGUGGUGUUCUGCGAGGUGGACUCAUUCACACCCCAUCGCAACCCCUACUCGAAGCUCUUCGCUCCUUGGGGCACACUUCAGACCAUGUAUGGUCAGAAGGGCUGGCGUAUUGCCACCCAGCAGCUCGAGUUUCGCAGCGGGUCGGAAAAGGUCAAGGUCACUUCUCAGGGCCGAAUUUUCAAGCUGAGUGAUAUCGGGACCAUCGUCAGAGAAUUCCGCGCUCUGAAACUCAAGGCUGCCUCGACCGAUAACACCAGCUUCGAGGACUACCUUCGCGACGUUGACUUCUCUGAGAAGCUCGGCAUCAAGAAGUGGGAGCCCGAGUCUUCUUCCUCGGCCAAGGUCACAGCUUCCGCCAAUGUCACCAUUUCGACUCCUGUCCACCGUCCUUCGGCUCCCAUCGCCACUUCGGCUUCCGUCAAGGCUUCGGCUGCCACCAUCGCUGCGGCUCCCGUCGCUGCUUCGAUGGCGCCUGUCCAGGCGGCAGCCACUAUGCUGAACCCCAAGCCGCCUGCGUUCAUGCUCAGCACCAAAAUGGAGAGGCAUCAGAACUGUCCCAACCUUUUCAAUAAGCCCAAGUACCGCCGCCUCGUGUACCAGCAGACGGUGAAGCUCGACGGUUCCGCCAUGAGCAUUUACUUCGUCAACAAGGACUCUCACCUUUACCACAGCUUGCCCUUGCUGAACUCCCGCGUCGCUCCCUUCUACCGCAAGACCUGCGUUUUCGAGAACGGUCGCGCCGGUAUUUGCAGCACCAACAAAGACAUCAUCUACAGCACCGAGUCCUUCGAGGCUUUCGUCAACACCGCCGUUGGUCUCGGCCUUCCGAAGCUUCUCGCGAAGCUGGAUAUCAACAUCGCCUUCCAGGGUGAACUUGUCGGCCACAACAUUUGCGGCAAUCCCUAUGGCUACGCCGCUCUUAACGACAAGGCCAAUGGCAAGAUCGGCGACUGUGGCAACGGCUUUGACUUCUUCCUCCACUCCAUCGUCGACCUUCACACUGGCAAGAAGUGGAACCCCAAGGCCGUCUGCGAGUUUGCUGUCCAACACCAGAUUCGCCACGUUCCUCUCGAGGGCUACGUGCGAAUUCGCGAGAUCGCCAACAGCCAUGACGAGCUCCAGGCCAUGGCUGAAGCCGCGCCCGGCGAGGGCUUCGUUUUCAAGUGCUUCGAGGACCAACGCUCAUUCAAGGUCCUGAGCACCAAGUGGAUUCUCGAGAAAGGCGAUGAGGCCCUCGCUCGUGGCGAGCGUCUGCGAGACCGCACUGCCCCCCUGGAGCAACCCCAUUCCAUUUUGCGCAUCGGCGGCACCCAGUCUGGGGAGGUUAGACUCCCCGUCCCAGUGACCUCUGCUGCUGUCAAGGCCAAGCAGAUCGCUGUUGCCAACGCCGUCGCUCCGCUUCCCGCGACCUCUGCUUACGUUCUGAAGCCUGAGGAGAAGAAGCCAGCUUCUGAGCCUAUCCCCCACGCGGCCCCAAAAAUCUCUGACGCCACGAAGCCGGUCAUCGUCGCCCCAACCGUCCAGGCUCGGGCCGUCAGGGCUCAAGCCAUUCAGGCUCCAGCUGUCAAGGCUCCAGCCGUCACGGCUUCGGCCAUCAACGUUACCGUUCCCGCCAAAGACGCCGCCAAGCGGGCAAGGAACGACGAGUUCUGGGCCGAGCUCACUCCCGGCAUGCAGCUAUUCGAGGCCUGGGCCUCUGGCAAUGACUACCAGAACAUCAUCGACUACGUCAACGCCUGGAAGGCAAAGCACUUGGCCGACCAGGCUUUCAACGAGAUCUGCCAGAAGAAGAAGGCCGCCCUGGCUAAGAUCGCCGACGAGGAAAAGCAGCGCGCCAUGCUGCGCAAGUUCGCGAAGGAGCAGCAAGAGAAGGCUCCAGCCAACGAGGCCUGGCACCAGACUUUGGCCGUCAGCAACGACAUCCCGAUGCCCGAGCCUUCUUUCAAUCUCGACUGUGCCGCUGAGGAGUCCGACAGCGAGGUUUCCGGCGUUGAUGAGGACCCCGGGACGGAUGUCGCUGCCCCCGAGUCGACCACCACCGUCAUGGCUCCCAGCGUGAGCAUCACCAUGUCGCCCAAGCGCGCCCCAGUCAAGAAGACAGUCACUGUCUCCAAGGAGACCCUCAGCUGGCUCGGCUUCUAA